UAUCAAUCUCUCUUAAAAAUAGCCUUUCAUUUCCAAUUUGUAUUUAUUAGUAAUGUCGAUCGAUAAGUGUGUUACAGGGCAAAACAUCCAACCAAUCCCCUCACAGGAAAGUUUUAGGCCAAAUGACAUAAACAAGGAAGAGUUUUACAUCAAACACUCACAACUCAUAGAAGAGGUCCGAAAUCUUUGUAAGAAUGGUCCAUUUAAAACCUUGGAUAUGGUUGAUGCUCUCCGUAAACUUUGCAUCAACCAUCACUUUAAAGAGGAGAUCACAUCCAUCUUGAAAAUGUUUCACACCCAAAUGCCAUAUGUAGAUGACUAUACCGAUGCUCAAACUCUUUGCGACGUUUCCAAUCGUUUUAGGAUCCUUCGUCAAGAGGGAUACAUUGUUUCAGCAGAUGUUUUUGAGAGAUUUAAACAAAAGGAUGGAAACUUUAAGCAAGAAAUGGCACAAGAUGUUAAGGGUCUAGUUGCAUUAUAUGAAGCAUCACAAUUGAGCAUAGAAGCAGAACAUAUUCUUGAGGAGGCUGCAGAAUUUAGUAGCCAUGCUCUUAAAGAUGAAAACUUGCCGUUUCUUGAUCAAGAUGAAACCACUAUGGUUAGAGAUACAUUAGAGCAUUCUUAUCAAAGAACCCCUUCAACUUUCAAGGUCAAGAAAUUCAUUAAUCUAUUCUUUGGAUCAGCCAUAUCUGAUCUAGCUAAGUUGGAAUUGGCUAUAGCUCAACACUUACAUCGAACGGAAGUAGAAGAAAUCUCCAAAUGGUGGAAGGACUUGGGAUUGGCUGAUGAGUUCAAGCUAGCAAGGAACCAACCGAUGCACUGGUACUUAUGGCCAAUGGCUGGCAUCACUGAUCCCUGCCUGUCCGAACCAAGAAUUGAGCUCACAAAGGUCAUUGCAUUAGUCUAUAUAAUUGAUGAUAUUUUUGAUGUUUAUGGAAAGCUGGACGAACUGGUAAUCCUCACAGAAGCAGUGCAAAGAUGGGAUCGUAACACUCUUGCACAACUCCCAUAUCACCUACGGAUCUGUAUUCAGGCUCUCUACGAUGUCACACAUGAAAUUAGUGACAAGAUAUACAAGAACCAUGGCUUCAAUCCCAUAGAAUUUUUAAAACAAGCGUGGACAAGCCUUUGUGAAGCAUUCCUAGUCGAGGCAAAGUGGUUUGCUUCUGGUUACAUGCCAACGGCAGAGGAUUACUUUAAAAAUGGGAUUAUUAGUUCGGGGGCAAAUGUCGUGAUAGUUCACAUGUUUUUCCUCCUCGGAGGUGGCACUAGCAAAGAAAGCGCAAACACUAUUAACGACAACCAAGGCAUUUCAUCUUGUCUGGGGAAAAUUCUUCGACUUUGGGAUGAUUUAGGAAGUGCUAAGGACGAGGAUCAAGAUGGUAAUGAUGGAUCAUACGUGACGUAUUACAUGAAAGAAAACGAAGGGAGUUCAGUUGAAAGUGCAAGGGAACAUGUGAUGGAAAUGAUAAACAACACUUGGAAGCAACUGAAUAAGGAAUGCCUCUCCCCAAGUCCAUUUUCUGCUACAUUUAUAAACGCAUGUCUCAAUCUUGCAAGGAUGAUUCCUCUUAUGUACAAUUAUGAUGAAAAUCACACCCUUCCUCUACUUAAGGAUUAUAUAAGUUGCAUGUUUUAAUGGGAAUGUUUCAUCUUUCUCAUAACAAA